AUGUUUUACGCCCACUUCGUCCUCAGUAAACGUGGGCCGCUGGCCAAGAUCUGGCUGGCGGCCCACUGGGACAAAAAGCUGACAAAAGCACACGUCUUUGAAUGCAACCUGGAGAGCAGCGUGGAAAGCAUAAUUUCACCAAAGGUGAAAAUGGCUCUGCGUACAUCUGGCCAUCUUCUCUUGGGUGUGGUGAGGAUCUACCAUAGAAAAGCCAAAUAUCUUUUGGCUGAUUGCAAUGAAGCGUUUAUCAAGAUAAAAAUGGCUUUCCGCCCAGGUGUUGUUGAUCUGCCAGAAGACAACCGUGAGGCUGCAUACAACGCCAUCACCUUACCAGAGGAGUUCCAUGAUUUUGACCAGCCCCUUCCUGAUCUGGAUGAUAUAGAUGUAGCACAGCAGUUCACCCUGAACCAGAGUCGUGUUGAAGAGAUCACCAUGAGGGAGGAAGUAGGAAACAUCAGUCUCAUGGCCGACAAUGACUUUGGUGACUUUGGUAUGGAUGAUCGUGAGAUAAUGAGGGAAGAGAAUGCUUUUGAGGUGGACAUCAUCCAUGGAUCCUCUGCCGCCACCCUGCUUCUGGAAGCUGAGCCUGGUCCCGCUCACCUCCCUGACAAAUCAACCAACCUUGACUAUGACGACUUUGGGGAGAACAACCUGGAAAACAGUGAUGGUGGAAUUCUGAUGGAUAAGAUUCUGAGCAAUGAGGAUGGUGGUGGUAUAUUCGAUGAUCCUCCAGCAAUCACAGGCAGUGUGAUGAUGCCUCAAGACCACGGUGAUGAUGACGACGACUUUGAUGCUUUUUCUCCUGCUGCCGGUCUUGACAGUCCAGACUCUGGACCAGUGGAGCCUCUUCCCAACACCACAGACCAGACAGAACAGACCACUCUGGUGCCCAAUGAAGACGAAGCUUUUGCUCUUGAGCCCAUUGACAUUACUGUGAAAGAGACCAAGGCUAAGAGAAAGAGAAAGCUCAUUGUCGACAGUCUGAAGGAGUUGGACAGUAAGACCAUCCGCGCUCAGUUGAGCGACUACUCCGAUAUCGUCACCACGCUGGAUUUGGCUCCUCCUACUAAGAAACUGAUGAUGUGGAAGGAAACUGGCGGUGUAGAGAAGCUGUUCUCAUUGCCUGCUCAGCCUCUCUGGAACGGCCGACUGCUGAAGAUGUUUACUCGCUGCUUGACUCCACUGGUGCCUGAUGAGCUGAGGAAGAGGAGGAAGGGAGGAGAGGCCGACAGCCUGGAGGACUUCCUGAAGGAGCUGGAGAACCCAGAAGUGCCUAGAGAGGAGGUGCUGGGUCACAGGAGUGAAGUGAUUGAUCAGACCAUCAUGGAGGAGCCCAGUAUGCUGCAGGCUUCUUCUAUGGAGGGCAGCAGAACCGCUCUGGACGAGUCCAUGAUGCCACCUCCAUCUCGCCAGCGUGGAGUCAAGCGCAAGUCGCUUGAGAAAGAUGCAGCUUUGCCUCAAAUGGGAGUGUUGGAUCAGAUGCUUCAACCCGUGGAUCAGUCGGUCCUUUCCCAACAGCUCGACAUGCCCCAGGUGGAUCUUCCUCCUGAGGACUGCACUAACCUCUCUAGACUGGUACCAGAGCUGGACCUAUUAGAUGACAAAAGCAAGGAGAAAGACAAGGAUGACAGCGACGAAGAGGGUGAGGAGGGACAAGGAGACCAGGACCAAGAGGAGCGACGGUGGAACAAGAGAACUCAGCAGAUGCUUCACGGUCUUCAGCGUGUGGUGGCUAAAACUGGAGCCCAGUCCAUCAGCCUGCUCGAGCUGUGCAUAAACAACAACAAGAAACAGGCAGCAGCCAAGUUUUACAGCUUCUUGGUGCUGAAGAAACAGCAGGCCAUCGAGCUGACGCAGACCGAGCCGUACAGCGCCAUUAUCGCCACGCCAGGACCGCGGUUCCAUAUUGUAUAGAUGCAUGUUUUUAGUAGUUGUAUUUAACAGUUUUGUUUUGCUACUGUUGCUUUUUGUAUCAGUUUUUGUCCUUUGGGGACAAUUUUAAAGGUUUUGAGUCACAUCCAAUAGAUCAUGAAGACAUUGUACCUACAUGGGUGUUAUUUGUUAGUACAUGUUGGACCUCCAUAUUGUCAAAGCCAUUGGGAUUGUUCAGUUUCACUACU